UUAAACUUCAUGAUAACUAUUCUCUUUAUUUUGAUUUUGCUGUGUAAUUUAUUCCUUUACUGACUUUCCAUCGGGUAGAAUGAGUGCUUCUUAGAUAAUGAAUAAUGAUAUCAAUAAUUUCGUGCCAUCGCUUUUAAACCCCAGGACUAUAAAUAAAGAAAAUCUCUCGCUGACUCAGAAUUCAACAGUCAGUCGUUGUUCAUUGUCCUUAAAAAGAAACAUUGGCUUGGCUAAAAGGGAUACUAACCAGACUGUUCCUGCAAAGAAAAAGUUGUUCGGCCAAGACAACAGAAGACAGUGUGACACCCAAACAUCAGUUUGUGUAAAAUCUAUUAGUACUCUUGUAGAUUUAGACUUAUCCGGAUUUGAAGAAGAAAAAGAGAAUAGCAACCAUGUAAAUCCUAUAUUUAAGAACCUUGCUACUAAGCAGCUUUCCUUUUUCAACAAUAUUGAUUUAGCCAAUGCCAGCACUGUGAAUCUAUCGUCAGUAGAAGAUCUUGAAACACAUACACACAGGAAAGCAAAUUGGAAUCUACGAAAUGAAGUUCUAACAAGUACUGCUACUAAUACUUUACUAGCUCAGGACCCAUGCAGUCUUGAUUUCUCUGUUUUCGAAGACAUACAACCCAUUUCAGACGCCAGUCAAUUCAAGAACAUAGAAAUACAAAAUGUAGUCUGUAAUCAUUCUUUGAAAAGUGGUUCUUCUGCCACUCAGCUAUACAAAUGUGAAGACACAAUACUUCACGAUUUAAACGAAGAAUCUCAUGUCUCAAUUUCGUUUGGUAUACAAGACUGUGAAUUUGUCGAUCUUACCACCAAAAACUCUAAUAUUAAGAAAGUUUCUAUUACGCAUAAGGAUAAAAAUGUUAAUUUAGAUUGUGAGAUAGAGGAAUGCAUUCCUCUUUCCUCUGAAAGCGAGUACGACGAAAACAUGAACGAGACAACUAAUACUUCUCAAAAGAGGUCUGCCGUGGCUGUGAACCUAGAAAUUAAAAAGAAGAAACUGGCAACUGACACAGAAAACUCUAAAGUUCUCAUUUUGAAAACAGAUGCCAUUGAGAAACUGUCGCACGUCAUUGUUCAGCCGCAAAAUUGUAAAUUAGUGAAACGUCAUUUGAAUAAUAGUAAAUUUUGUAGCAGCAACAAUAAUUUUGGUAUUGGAAAGAAUGGGAAAAGUGGUAACUUGAAACAAAAGUCGAUAACUUCGUUUUUCGCUAAAGACUUUAAAGAAGCUAGUGAUACCGCGCACGAUGUUGGGAUAGUAGAGAAUGAUGCUGUAGAAAUGAGCAAGAUCACGGGUGUGUCUGAAUCCAAGUGCGCCCGGCCUUUCAGACCAGAGUGGAAAGGCGAGCCAUCCCCACGAUGCCGCGUGGCCUCCGUCUCGGCGCACCCCGACAGUCGGUCCCGGGGCAAAACGAACAGCGCGCGGUCCAACUCGCCCAUCAAGCAUUUGGAGCCGUUAACCCUUUCAGCCAAGACGAAGUCCACCAGGACCUUUGGCUCGGUGAAGACUAUUCCGCAUUACAAGAUCGUGGCAGGCACCCAUUUCGCCGUGGACGCAUUUUCAUACGGAGACAUACCUAGCGUGAAGCAUUAUUUCUUGACGCAUUUCCACUCCGAUCAUUACUCUGGGCUUAAGAAAAAUUUCAGUAAAUUAUUGUAUUGCUCCAAAAUCACAGGUGAUUUAUGCGUGUCCCGAUUGGGAGUGAACCCGAAAUGCAUCCACGUCCUCAAUCUGGAGGAGACGAUGAGGAUCGAGGGUGUCGAGGUUACUGCUGUCGACGCGAACCAUUGUCCCGGUGCGGUCAUGCUGUUCUUCUGCUUGCCCAACGGGAUGACCAUCCUCCACACAGGGGACUUCAGAGCAUCACCGGCCAUGGAGUCCUACCCUGUCUUCUGGAACAGCGACGUUCACACCAUCUACCUCGACACUACUUAUUGCAACCCCCGCUACGACUUCCCCACUCAAGAGCAAAGUCUAGAGAUGGCGCUGUCUUUGCUGCGGGCGAAGAAAACGGCGCUGGAGAAAACCGGCAAAAAGUUCUCUUCCGUCCUCAUCGUCUGCGGCACUUAUACUAUAGGUAAAGAGAAGUUUUUUCUCGGCAUGGCGCGUCGCGUCGGCUGCUCCGUGUGGGCUUGCCCCGAAAAGGAUAAGGUACUUCAAACGGUGGAGGGGCGCAGUUUCUGCACCUCGACGCCGCACUCGUGUCAACUGCAUGCGGUCCCGAUGAGAGAUAUUAGUCACGAGAAACUGAAGAGCUACUUGGAGAGUUUGAACGGAGCCUUCACCGAGGUGGUGGCCUUCAAGCCGAGCGGUUGGGAGAACGGCAAGAACACCACCGUGGAGAAGGACAUGGUCACCAUACACGGCAUUCCAUAUAGCGAGCAUUCCAGCUUUUCGGAACUGAUCCGCUUCGUGAAGUUCCUGAAGCCGAAGCAGGUAGUGCCAACCGUCGACAUUUCGGGCGGAGUCAAAUCUGUUCAGAAGUACUUCCCCUGUCCCCUGGUAUACCAGGACGACGGGCACACCCAGAGCAAAGUGACGGAUUACUUCAGCAUAGAGAACAGACCACAGGUCCCGGCUGUCACUUGAUGUCACGGCUGGAGCGUUCGCGCGCCGCCUCCGAUCCGGUUCCGGGCCGAUCCGACGCUUAUACAUCUGCUUUAAGCUUUUUAUACCAACACUCCGUGGGUAGACUCCAAGGAGUGGUAUCCAGGCCAUAAUUGUUUUUGAGAAAAUGUGGCUUUCCACCAGUUUUCAAGUUUUUUUUUUCUUGUGCAAUAAGGAUCAUUUUAUCAAAAUUUCUGUUGGAAUUUCAGAUCAAAUGGUCCUUAUUGCACUGGAAGCCUAAGGGUCCUUCUGUGUGGAAAGCCACAAAUAUUCCUUGAACUUUUUAUUCAAGCUGGAUAUUCCGUCCAUGCUAUUUAGUUGAGGCGUGAAAUAUAAACUUACUAAUAUGUAACUAUCUUGCAAGUAUUUCUACGAGUAUUGAAUGUACAAAUGUGGUGCAUAAUUGUUUUCCAUCGUAUUUUCUCGGAAACGUUCGUAUUUGUCAUGCUACAUCAGUCAACCUCAGUACUUUUUGUACUGAGACUAACUGAAAUACCAAGACACGUUCGUACGUUUCCGUGAAAAUACGAUGGAAAAUAAUUAUGCACUACAUCUGUAGUUUGACAAGCAGAUGUUAAGCAAGCAAGAAAGUAUGUCAUUCAAGGUAUCGACAUCUCAUAGGAGUAGCCUAGACGGAACAUACAUGUUGAAUAUAAAAUCAUUUGUGAACCGAUUCGGUACUCGAAAAAAAUCUAACAAUUUCGACUAAUACGAAGCUGGAUUUCAUUCUCAUUAUUUUCUCUGUGACGCGAGAUAAUAAAAUAAGCAGAAUCGAUAAAGACCCAAAACGGAUCGGAUGCAGUGCGCAAGCACUCCUGUUCGACUAGAAAUUCGAUACAGUAUUAUUAUUAGGUAUUCUAUAAGCUGCCAUGAGACUGUGAUUUUUGAUACCGUAUUUUAGUUGUUAAUGUUUUUUAUGACUGGGUUAUAUUCGGUUAGUAAUAAAAAUUGUUAAAAUCUA